AUGAACAUUGACAAAUGUAAGCAUCAGCGCCAACGUAAACAACCUUCUGGACUGUCUCACUGAAAGGAUCCAUCACCUUCACUCCAGCGCUGGACGAGCUUGUGGCUGCCAACCCAAAGAAGGGCGGACCCAAGGGACGUCGUGGAGGACCUCGUCGCAGCGGUGGCUCGGCAGGCGUUCACGCCAAGGCUGCCGCGCUUGGCAAAGCUUCUCUCGGACGUGCUCCCCCUACCGGUCCUGCCAACAACCGCAAUCGUGGACCUGUCAUCAUUCCCGGUCGUGCCCCUGGCGGGGGACCCCUGAACAGCAAGAUCAUUGUCUCGAACUUGCCAGUCGAUGUCACUGAGCCUCAGGUCAAGGUCAGCAUCGCCACCACACGCUUGGUUUUCCUCUUGCCCUUGAGCUGAUCGAGUUGGGCGAUUUCUGCACCCUACAUAGGAACUCUUUUCAACUUCCAUUGGACCGCUCAGACGCGUUCAGAUGAGCUUCCGCGCCAAUGGCCAGUCCACUGGCACUGUGACUGUUGAGUUCCAACGUCCCGACGACGCCAACCGCGCCUACCAGCAGUACAACAACCGCCUCAUUGACGGCAGUGAGUCCUGCUCUGUGGCGAUGGGACUGCAUUCAGACGAGUCGAGUCCUUGUAUUCACAACCAACACACUGACCCGUCCCAAAUCUCAGAGAAACCUAUCAAGAUCGAGGUUGUCGUCGACCCUGCACAAGCCGCCGCUAUUGCCGCUCAGCAGGCUGCCGUUGCCCAAAGUGUCCGCGGAGCUCCCAGCCAACGCGGAAAGUGAGUCCUCUCGCGAGCCUGACGCUGUCCCCUCCAUGACGAACGUUCCUGACCCUGGCACCGGAAUCUGACAGGGCCGCGACUCGUGGACGUGGAGCUGCUCGUGGACGCGGCGCUCGUCCUAAGCGCGAGGCCAGGCCUAAAAAGACCGUUGAGGACUUGGACGCAGAGAUGGACGUCUACGUGGGAGAGAGCAGCGGUGCUCAAUCUUAG